GUGAUUCUCAGGCUUUGUGUAGCCCACACAAACCUCGUGCCAUCAAAACACCAUGCUACUCAAGAACAGUGUCUGAUGAAAGUAAUUGAUACAAAGUGAAUUAGCUGAGGAGAGGUAGAUAAGGAGACGGGUACACCUGCUUUAGGACUGAAUCUGUCAACAACACCUGCUCAAGUAUUUGUGUUCCUCAAGGAGGAUACUGUGCUCAUCCGUCCAGGGAGUAACAAGUGAACAUUUUUAUUUUGUGUUCCCGAGGAAUUUAAACAUUCCAUCCGUCCAUCCUUGGCGGUACAUUUCUGUACCUCCAUGCCGUCCGAAAUGCCUGGAAUGACCCCCAUCAGCAAUGCCCCCCAGGUACCUAUCUGGAAUCUCCGUCAACAGAUGCCAUAUGGAGGGGAGGGAAUGAAUCCACACAUACCCGCCCCUCCUCCAUCAUGUAUGCAGAAUUCAUCAUACAACUACAACCCCAACUGUAGAUUCAGUAAAUUCAUUCAUCGUCACCCUGUCAUGUCCCAGCUGUCUACUGCUAGUACAACAACUACUAACGGUACACCCUCUGGCCCACCAAUGUCUCAAGAAACAUUUGAAUACCUGUGGAACACACUAGGAGAAGUCACAGAAAAUGGUGGAUAUACUCAGAUUGCGAGCAGGGAAUUAGAUUACGAAUAUGCAGAACCGGUGGGUGAUGAGACAAGUUUACAGAUUGAGAGAUUCCAAAUUCGAGGCCAAAAUGACUCCAUAUCUGAUCUGCUUAACCCUAUCAUCGCUAACACAACAUCGGCCAGUUCUAUGAGCCCAGACUCCCAAACCAACAUCAUCGGCAGCUCAGCAUCCAGCCCAUACAAUGAUACCAUCACAUCCCCGUCCCCAUAUUCACCUCACACGGGAAUGCAGUCCCCCAUUCCAUCAGUACCAUCAAACACAGACUAUGCUGGAGAGCAUGGUUUCGAGAUAUCAUUUUCACAGCCAUCGAAAGAAACAAAAUCCACUACCUGGACAUACUCAGAGGUGCUUAAAAAAUUGUACGUACGAAUGGCUACAACAUGUCCUGUGAGAUUCAAGUGUUUACGAAACCCUCCUCCUGGCUGUGUUAUUCGUGCCAUGCCCAUCUUCAUGAAACCUGAACAUGUUCAGGAGACUGUCAAAAGAUGUCCUAAUCACGCAACUUCAAAGGAACACAACGAAAAUCAUCCUGCACCUACUCAUCUUGUCCGUUGUGAACACAAACUUGCCAAGUAUACAGAGGAUGGCUAUACUAGCCGACAGAGUGUACUCAUUCCCCACGAACAUCCCCAAGCUGGUUCAGAAUGGGUGACAAACCUUUUCCAGUUCAUGUGUCUUGGUUCCUGUGUUGGUGGUCCCAACAGGCGACCAAUCCAGAUUGUCUUCACAUUAGAACGAGAUAACCAGGUGCUAGGCCGUAGAGCCGUUGAGGUGAGGAUCUGUGCAUGUCCUGGCCGUGACAGAAAGGCGGACGAAAAAGCUGCUCUUCCUCCUUCCAAGCAAUCUCCAAAGAAAGUCAACGGUUUCGGAAAGGUAACCAUGGGAACAGAAAUCACAUCCAUCGGCCCUGGAGGCAAAAAGAGGAAGAUUGAUGGAGAGGAAGCAUUCACUCUUACGGUGCGAGGACGCGAGAACUACGAGAUCCUGUGUAAGCUAAGGGACUCCCUUGAGCUGUCAUCUAUGGUUCCACAAAACCAGGUGGAGUCGUACAAACAGAAGCAAGUGGAGAUAAACAGACAACCAUCCGCCACACAUCUUGUGUCCAUCCCAAGUCGAGAAGGUACCCCUGUAACGACCCAGACGACCAUGCCCUUCGGUACCGAGUCCACAGUGCAAGUAACAAGCUCCCAGAAUGGUCAUCCAGCCGUCACGGUCCAACAGGUUCUGUCCGCCCCUGUCGACAAUCUCAGUCCCUCGGCCAUCAAGGAGGAGCUUAGCUCAACACUCAAUGGGUGUGCCAUUGACAAUUCCAUCAAGAGUUGGUUAGCGAGUCUUGGUCUGUCGGCAUAUAUUGAUAACUUCCACCAGUUGAACCUCAGCACUAUGCAGCAGCUGGAAGAUUUCACUAUCGAGGACCUUCAGAAAAUGAAGAUCGGCACAAGUCACCGAAACAAGAUCUGGAAAGCAUUGGUAGAGCAGCGAAACCAGUCGGUGAUUCUGUCCGAGUCGGCCAGCCUCCAACACGAAAUCUCGACUGCAUCAACAAUGAGUAUGUCAUCCCAGAGCAGCAUCACUCCCACCUCCAACUACUGCCCCGGCUACUACGAGGUCACCCGGUACACAUUCAAACAUACCAUCUCUUACACGGCCAAGGCCGGCGACAAGGAUUCCAGUAGUCCAUCGACAAAGCGACAGAAACGGGAAGAUGAAUGUGUCUAGAACGAUUGACAGAGGACAGGGUGCAAGUGAGAGAGGGAGAGAGAGAUCUUUAUACAGUGCUUACCUAUGCACAAAAGUGUUCUUAUAUAUAGAAUUGACUCAAAACACAGUUCAACUUGAAGGUGUUUUGCCUAGCAAGUGUGAAUCAAGGUUGAUGUGCGUUAGGCCGUUAGUUUGGCAAGGGUGGCAAUCAACGAUGUGAAUAUUUUUUGUAUGUUUUUUACUGGGGUUAUGAAAUAUCCCGAAAAUCAAUUGAAAUGUUUUAAGGUAAAUAUUGACAUUUAUGUCUAACUUGAUGAUUUGUUGUAUAAGAGUUGUCAUUGCUUACCAUGUCGCACGGUGGUACAGUUUCUUGCUGAAAAACAAGGAGUAUGAAUUCAUCAUUCUUGACUCUGUUACAUUAAGUUUCAUCUUGAUAAUUAUUAUUGUAAAAGUCGUUUUUUCAUUUGGUUAUAAUUAUUCGUAAUUGUUUGCAGAAACAUUUUUUUCACGGAAAAUACAAUCCACAAAAAAAUUAUAGCAAAUGAUCUAACCCUUACUAUAUAUAGCACUUUGUACUACGAAAACAAGAUGUAAAGUGUGUAAAAAAUAGAUCCUGUGAGACUUAUCAUUUUAGCAAAUCUGUAAAAAUCAUGGAUGGCUAAAGACAGUUAACAAAAAAAUAUGUGUAUGUCUUAAAGAGUUCCAAAUUAUUACUCCCAAAUAACACACACAAAAUAAAUUUGUAUUUCUGCAAAUAUUUUAACAAACACUUUAAUGGAAAAAAUAACUGAACACAUAAUUAAGAUGAAACUCAAUGCAACAGAUUCUUUAUGUACUUUGUGUUUAAAUGCAAUAUAUACCUUAAAAUAUGUUCAUGAUGAUCGUGUUGGUAAUAAUACUAGGGGGAAAAUGAUAGUGUAAAAAUAUUGAUAUGACAAGUGUUCAGGGGAAAUAACUGUGUUCAAGCCACAACAAAUUCUCAUUUCAUACAUAAUGUAGCAAACUUCAAAGUUGUAGUUGAAAGCCAUGACACCUCCUUAGUGUAAUCAUUAUUAUUAUUUUGGUCUCUGUACUUUCUCUUGUUUCAUAGGGGGGAUAACUUCGACUCUACAUUGUUGAAAAUUGAAAUUAUUUCAAAUAUAUAUAUACUAUAGUAGAAAAGCUCUGAGGUGCAUGUGCUGUUCGUUUUGAAGUGUCAUACAGCAUCAAGAAAAUCUGUGUUCAGUAGAAAGAAAACAUUCCGUUUUAUUUUUAUACCAAGUUGUUUUCCAUAUUAAUGUUGUGUUGUUUUUGGUGGAACAUUUUGCUGUUACUUUGGCAGAAUAUUUGUUGGUAAUCGUGUCUCUAUCCGAGAUCGAUCUUGGAUACAUUUUGUACAGUGCUUGUGGACAGGGUUCCAUCCUCUGGGCCUUUGUGCUAGGGCUUUGUUUUUGUUGUACAUAUGUAAAAUCUUAGCUUUUUUGUUGGUAGUUGAGAGAACAAUGUUGAUUCUUAUGUGUGUGGUUUUCCCUAUCUUACACAAGUGUUUUAUUUCACCUGAAGAUGUUUAUUUAAAGAUUAUACCAAGUGGAAGAUUUAACCAUGUGGAGCCAUUUGUUUAAUAAAACUACAGUUGACAUGUCACUGUAGAAAAAUACUGUAUAGGGUUAUUGCCAUGAUGCAGAUAUGUAACUCUGCAACUGUAUUACAGUGAAAUGUGGGUCAAAGGCAACAGCAGGUUCUUUUAUACAUAAUGUAGAAAAAGAUGUAUUUAAAAAACUUAAUUUGCUGUUGAAAAGAUCAGAAAAAGGCAUAAAUGCUAGAGGAAGUAAUGGGAAACCUAUGGG